UCUGGGAAGAAAGUUGUUGUUUGUGCGGCGAAAAAGAGAAGAAAGAGAAAAGGUCAUCCUCGGCGGAACAGGCGGCGGAGGUGAAUCGCCAAUCACCCACAGAUCCAGACCAUCUUUCACUCCCCACUCCAAUUUCUCUUCUCAUCUCUUCAUACCUUUCACCUUUCAAUUUCUCGCGCUCAAACUCUUCCACCCAAUUCCGUUUACCUCAUUUCUCAAUUCCACCUUCUCACUCUCUUCUAUGCCGCUCUCAUAAACCCUAAGGCAACGUUUCUCUUCAUUUCCUUUUUCCUCCAGGGUUUCGGCCAAUCCCCAAUUCUCCCAACCCCCACUGGACAUGCUUGUUCUCCGAUGGCCGUCGUAACUAGCAACGGCAAGCGCCGCCAGCAUUGGCUCUCCGUGGGUCACCACCUUCCAUCUCCCAAUUCCAAAAGGCUCAGACUGUCGGCAACAUCCGGCAACCACCCGCACACUGUGUUAUCCUCGAGUAGUAUCGUUUCCAGAAUUUCCAAAUAUCCUGAAGCCAAGCCACUGGGGCGUAGGGAGGUUCACGCGCCGUGUAGAUCCCGUAAGUUUGAUUUUCCUACCUUUAAUAGAAUGAAAUCGAGCUUGAAUGCCAGUAGUAGUUAUUAUGAUCGCAAGGAAGAGAUUGUUAAUGAUAUGGGCAACACGCUGAGUGAAAAUUACGAAAGGGCGAAGAAUUCAGCGUUAGCUAGCAUUAGGUUUGGGGAAAAAGGUAAGGAGGUGAUAGAAGUGGAUGAUGGUAGUCCCAAGGGCAUGGUUUCCGAAGAUUCAGGUGUGGAGGAGGUUCGUUUUAGGGAAGAUGGACGGGAUAUGCGCUCUGUGGUGACGGAGCACAAAUGGCAAGAGGGUGAUUUGGUUGUGACUGAAGUGAAGGAUUUGAAAGCUAAGGAUGUGCGUGGCGGUCCUCAGCAGCUGUCAACUUCAUCUGUGGUUUCGGAGUUGACUAACGGCGAUUUGAAUGUUGUUAAUGCUGUGAAGAUGUUCGGCACUCUGUCUUUAACUCCCGAGCGUGAUCUUUCGGAUGUUCAUGCUUACAAGAAGUUGCUUGAGGCUGUUGACAAGCGCUCGGAUACGCUUAAGAGGCUGUCGGCUGAAAUUAAGCUUAACGAGAAGCGUAGAUCCACAUUUGAAUUGUUGCGCCCGAAGAAGGAACUAGUACAGGAAGUGCCAUUUGAACCUUUUAUUCCUCUUACUGAAGAGGAAGAAGUUGAGGUUACACGUGCCUUUUCUGCCAACAGGAGGAAGAUCUUGGUUGCCCAUGAGAAAUCUUGCAUUGAGGUCUCACGAGAAAAAUUUCAAUGCCUUAGACCGGGUGCAUGGUUAAAUGACGAGGUAAUAAAUUUGUACCUUGAAUUGCUAAAAGAAAGGGAGAGAAGAGAGCCCCAGAAGUUUCUGAACUGUCAUUUUUUCAAUACCUUUUUCUACAAGAAGUUAAUAAGUGGCAAGAAUGGUUAUGAUUUCAAAUCUGUGAGGAGAUGGACCAGCCAAAAGAAACUGGGAUAUGGUCUACAUGAAUGUGAUAAAAUUUUUGUUCCUAUCCAUAAAGAGAUCCAUUGGUGCUUGGCUGUUAUCAAUAAGAAAGAGAAGAAAUUUCAGUACUUGGAUUCACUGAAAGGAGUAGAUACCCAUGUGAUGAAAGUUCUGGCUAGCUAUAUUGUAGAUGAAGUAAAGGACAAGACUGGAAAAGAUAUUGAUGUAAGUUCUUGGGAAAAAGAAUUUGUUGAAGACCUUCCUGAGCAGCAGAAUGGGUAUGAUUGUGGGGUUUUUAUGAUCAAAUACGCUGACUUCUAUAGCAGAAACUUGGAGCUGUGUUUCAACCAGGAACACAUGUCGUACUUCCGGCGCAGAACAGCUAAGGAAAUCUUGAGAUUAAGAGCUGACUGAGCUAAAGAAUGUUUUAUCUGUAUUUCCCCAAUGGAUUUUACUCGUCAGAAAACUGAAACAGUCAUUACGUCAAAUCAGUUGAUGACUUUCUGAUGAAGUAUCCUUCACUCCUGCUGUCACUAUCUUGGCCAUAACCAUUCAAAAGUUCUGGCUUUUGUUAGAUUGUGGACUGGACUUAUUAUGCACAUCGUCCUGAUAUCCAGGUACACCAUUAGGUAGUGUAGUAUGCAUUAGGUUGUAUAUGCUACGCAAAGGUGAAUCAUAGAUGCGUUAGAAGGUCGUGAUUUUAAUUAUGUAAUGAUAACUGUGUUCCCUCACCGUUUUUGGUGUCUAGUUACUAUUUGCGUCCUUUUCUACUGAAUUUUGAACUUGUUUGUGCGGUGAUGCAGAGCCCUCGUAUCUGGCGAAUUAAGAGCAGUGAAGAAAACGGGGCAUUACUUUGGUUUUGAUUAUGACUUACUCUCAUUUUAUGUGAAGCAAUGUUAUUUAGAAUAUGUUUAGAACAACUAAUUUUAGGAAUUAGACUUUAUUUAUUAAGUAUAUAUAUUUUUCUUUUUCUUUUCUUUUUCAGAAAUCUGUUUAAA